CUACAAUAAGCGGAAAGCAGCAAUUUGGAGGGUUUUACAGCUACAUCCGCCGAUCCCAUGGGGUGAAUCUCUACCAAGGCGUACAGGGACUAGUGUUUGGUGCGGAAGCAGCGUCGAGUUCAACUCUGAUUUUUAGCUGUUUACACUGACGGGAGGAAACAUGUGCAACGGUUGUGUCCAGAAAGAGUAUCCGGACCGGGGCAGCACCUGUCUGGAGGACGGCUCGUACCUCAUCAACUACCUGGGCUGCGCCAGCUGCCACCACCGGGACUUCGUGUUGAUCAGCAACAAGGCCACGGAGGACGACGACGGGGAGGAGAUCGUCACUUAUGACCAUGUGUGUAAAAACUGUGAUCAUGUCAUCGCCAGGCACGAAUACACAUUCUCUGUUGUAGAUGAGUAUCAGGAGUACACAAUGCUCUGCAUGCUGUGUGGAAAGGCAGAGGACUCCAUCAGUGUGUUGCCAGAUGACCCCAGGCAGUCUGCACCGCUCUUCUAAACCACCAGUCACCGUUCACACAGAUCAGAAACCCACCCCGGUUCCACAGAUGUGAGUCCGAUUGCUCAAAUUCCCAUGUUGACCUCCAAAUUUCUCCACACUGGAUUUGAAGGCCGUGGCUGCUGCUCAGUGUGUGUGCUGCUGGUGGCUUGACAGGCACCGGAGCUGGAGAUGACCCUUCACAACGUCAAAAACCAUCAAAAUGUGAAAUGACUGAGGAAAUUUGUUGUCAUCUGUAAACUGUUACUAAACGAGAACAUUGUACUUUUACAUAGUAGUACCUAUUUUUACGAAAAGUGUAAGUUGUGCACUGGUAUCUGAUGUUAAUAGACUCAGAAUGAGAAAAGUGUAGCGGUUUGCCUGUUGUUCAGUAAAGGGCCUCCAUCUCAGUGUCAGUUUGACAGAAAAAACAUGAAACCAAGCUUAUUUUUAUUUUUUUAAAGUCCUUUAGUGCCUGCUCUUUUCUAGAGUAACUCAGUGAGCAGGCAGAUUCAGUGUCUUCCUCACUGUUGCACCCUAAGUGUUACAUGUUUUAGUGUUGUUGUUUUUUUAAAGCAUAAAUGUUUUAUGUCACACAAAAAAGUAUCCAUUCCCUCCAUAUUGCACCUUUUUAUUGUGCUAAAAACUUUGAAUUUGGGAUUUCUGAAUUAAUUCUGGAAUUACUGGAAACAAUGUCAGUAAUCUAUGUGAAAAUAUAACAAGUAACCCAGUUUGUAGUAAUAUUCACCCUUUCUUGGGUGAAAUUGUUGGACUUGGAAGCAAGUUCAAAAUUUCCUGUUUCUCAGACCUACAGAUGAAUUAUGAAAAUUUUUUUAUUCUGCUUUUGUGGCUGAAGAAUCUAAUCUCUGUGACUGUAGAUUUUAGGCUUGGCAUCAGCAGAGGUGGCUCACUAAUUAUUGCCAUGAAUCCAGUUUCUAGGGUUUCAUUAUUGAUCUAUAAUAAAAAAUUUUGUUUUAAUUA